AACCUAUUCACCCUCUCGCUCUUGCUACGACAUGUUUCGCGUCGGUAUAGUCUCUUCUAUACGGCCACUGUCGAAUCCUCUCAUCGUGCAGGUUGCUGCACGACGGUUUCAGGCCCCAUCUUUCCGGUCUUUCAGUCAGCUACGCCCCAAUGUACUCGCAACGCUUCAGAGGCGUGCUUCCCCCCUUCCUUCCUCUGGCUUCAAGACCCAAUCUCGCACAUUCCUGACGGACUCUGCGCCGGUUGUUGUGAGGCCGACCCAAGCGCAGGCCUGGAGGCGGUAUGGUAUCACGGCGGCUACUGUUGCGGGGACAAUCAUCGCAGUCAAUGCAUUCUUCAACCGUGAAACGCGUGAUUCACUUUCUGCAGCCGAGCAGGCGUACCUUCACGAGAGCUUCAUGUACGCUGGUGGCGGUCUCGGCGUGACUGCCCUGGUCGCCCGCUCCCUGUUCAAGUCUGGCGCUGCAGUCCGUAUCAUGUCCGCCAACCCGUGGGUUGUGCUCGGUGUCAGUCUGGUUGGCAGCAUUGGUACCAUGAUGGGUGUUAUGUACACUUCACCUGAGAACAAAGUCUUGAAGCAUGCGUUCUGGUUGGGAUUCAACGUCUGUCAAGCUGCGACUCUGAGCCCCUUGUUCUUCCUGAGCCCUGCGAUCCUGUCUCGUGCGGCGCUGUAUUCUGCGGGUGUGUUCGGCUCUCUUUCCUACAUUGGUGCAACGGCUGCGAAUGACAAGUACCUGUACAUGGGCGGUCCCCUGCUGGCUGGCGUAACGGUUGUUGCCCUCAGCUCGCUGGCUCCCAUGGCACUCCCCCUCGGCAUGCGUGGUCUUGCUGUCGCAGAGGCCAUUUCACUAUACGGCGGUCUUGCGGUUUUCGGUGGUUUCAUUUUGUUCGAUACGCAAAAGAUCCUGCACCACGCUCGCAUGGCCGAGACUGGCACUGUUCCUCGCGACCCCAUGCGGGAGGCUAUUAGCCUUGAACUUGACAUGAUCAACAUCUUCAUCCGCAUUGUCCAGAUUCUGACCAUGCAGAACAGGAAGAAGUAGAAGGAUUCGCGGUGUAGCGGCCCUCUCUCUUGGUUACUACCAACAAUUCAUUACUGUAUCCAUAAAUGCAUGUUGUUUGUAUCUUAGCA